AUGUUGGAUGUUGCUGAACAACCGAUAAGGAAAGAGCUUAUGAUUCAAAUUCGUCCACAUUUAGGUAUUUUACGUAAAUAUACUUACGGUAAACAUAUCAUUAAUAAGAUGGAAAAAUACUACAUGAAAACAAAUCAGUUACAUUUAGCCGUUGGACUAAAUUCUCCAUCACCACCUCCAUCUCUAGAUAUUGUAAACGCUUCUUCAAACAUCACUCAAUCGAAUUUAAAUUCAACUAUUCGUAGUUGUGGAAGUACACAUAGCAGUUCGGCUGCAUCACUCCUCCCACCACUGUUAACUCCAACAGAUAUGGCUAUUCGAGCUUCGAAGUCAAUUUCAGUGAAUCGAUCCGGUCAUUCACACCAUUGCUAUUCUAAUCAUAUCUCUCACCAUCAUCAGUCGUAUUUAUCUUCAUUUUCGCGUAAUGGUUUACCAUCACAUCGGGUAAAACAUAAAGAGUCCAAUAAUAGUAACUCAAAUUCUCAGAAAGUUUCAAAUGAGGAAAUGCAAAGUAGUUCUACACUUAUGUCUGAUAGUACGAGUUCAUCCAAAGAGACGUUGGAAGUGCAUAGAAGUUUUGAUGACGAGUUCUGUGGUGAUGAUAAUAUUAGGUCCUUAAAAAGUAAACAUGAAAAACACAAUUCCGAAUUAGAAUCAUCUAAUUUUAAUCAAACACCAACGACUACGAAUGAACGCUCCAAUAGGAACUGUGACGAUAAUAAAGGGAAAGUAAAAUUAUCAGAUCCAGGCAGUACUAGUCAUUUGUAUCAAGUAGUCAAUGAUGUAUCAAGUGAUUUUCGAGUGUCAUCAACAACAAAAUCUAGUAUUCCAACAUCUACUAGCGUCAAACUUAAUGAAGUAGAUGUUAAUAGUGGAAAGUCAAGAAGUGUCGGUGAACUAUUGACUAACGGUAGUGAUCAUUAAUAAUGUUUGCUAUACCUUUUCCUCUUCCUUUAUGUCAAUUUAUCUUCUUUUUCUUAAAUCCUUUUUUUUCUAAAUGUUAUAUGAUCAUCAAUUAACCGUUAGGAAAUUGCUUAUUUGAUAGUAUCUUCCAUGUUUUGUAUUUUAUCAAGCUUCAAUUCCUUGUGCAAUGAUCUAUUUAUCUCAAACUAUUUUAAAAAGAUUUCCUCAUGUUCAGCAAAUAUCAUUCUCUUGCACAGACGAUUUAUUAUGUAAUGUUUUUUCUCUCUUUUUAUUAUAUAUUUUUUUAAGAAAAAUUUCG